ACAUCAGUACCAGCGGUGCCGUCUGUGAGCCCUCGGACUCCGCUGCGCAGCUCAGAGAUGGCGUCCCUUCUACAGCCAGAUAGAGUUGUCUAUCUGGUUCGUGGAGAGAAAAGGAUCAGAGCCCCUCUAUCGCAGCUUUAUUUCUGCCGCUACUGUAGUGAGCUGCGAUCUCUGGAAUGUGUGUCUCACGAGGUGGACUCCCACUAUUGCCCAAGCUGUCUGGAGAACAUGCCAUCUGCAGAGGCUAAACUUAAAAAGAACAGGUGUGCGAAUUGUUUUGACUGCCCAUGCUGCAUGCACACACUGUCAACUCGGGCCACCAACAUCCCAGCUCCUCUGCCUGAUGAUCCUACCAAGACGGCCAUGAAGAAGGCCUACUAUCUGGCCUGUGGCUUCUGUCGCUGGACCUCCAGGGAUGUGGGAAUGGCUGACAAAUCAGUUGCCAGCGGUGGAUGGCAGGAACCAGAGAACCCUCAUUCACAGCGAAUCAACAAGCUGAUUGAGUAUUACCAGCAGCUUGCCCACCGAGAGAAGCAGGAGAGAGACAGGAAGAAGUUGGCCAGGAGACGACAGUGCAUGCCUCUGGCGUUCUCGGAAAAAUAUGGCCUUGGAACCAGACUGCAGAGGCAGAGGUCUGGAGCUCCCAUAUCAAGCCUGGCAGGCCUUUCCCUUAAAGAGGGUGAGGACCAGAAGGAGAUCACCAUUGAACCUGCACAGGCCCUUGAUGAAGUGGAGCCCCUGCCUGAGGAUUGUUACACCAGGCCCAUCAGUUUACCGGAGGUGACCACGCUGCGCCAGCGGCUUCUGCAGCCUGACUUCCAGCCCGCGGGGGCGUCUCAGCUCCACCCCAGACACAAACACCUCCUGAUGAAGCGCUCACUGCGCUGCAGGAAAUGUGAGCACAAUUUGAGCAAGCCAGAGUUUAAUCCUACUUCAAUCAAGUUUAAAAUUCAGCUGGUGGCUGUGAGUUACAUCCCUGAAGUGAGAAUUAUGUCCAUUCCAAAUCUCCGGUACUUGAAGGAGAGCCAAGUGCUGCUGACUCUGACAAACCCAGUGGAGAACAUCACCCGCGUCGCACUGGCUGCGUGCGAGGAGGAAGAUCCUGAUGACAUCAAUAGUACUGCCACGGUUAAAGUUUCCGAGAAGGAGCUGGUCCUGGCAGGAAAGGAUGCUGCUGCAGAGUACGAUGAACUGGCUGAACCACAGGACUUCCAGGAUGACCCAGAUGUUGUUGCAUUCAGGAAAUCCAACAAGAUUGGUUUUUUCAUCAAAGUAAUCCCUCAGAAAGAAGAGGAUGCGGAUGUCACCGUUUCAUUCAAAAUCAGACAUGACUUCCGCAACCUCGCAGCUCCCAUCAGGCCGAGCGAGGAGGGAGCCGACAGCACCGCUGAGGCCAUUUGGCUCACGCACCACGUAGAGCUGAGGCUGGGGCCCCUCGCUCCCUGAACAUGAAUACUCUGUUUACUCUUAAACAGUCCCAGAGUCCUAGUGUUGGGUCCUUUGAACUAAUUUCUUUAAACUGUGGGAUUUAUUUAAUUUAAAAAUGAUUUCUGAUUCUGCUUAUUGAUGUGGAAGAACGAUUAGAGAUCUACUUGACAUACAAGAUUUUUUGUUUUAGUUUAAGUGGCAUCAUCGUAUAAAACUAUAUGAAAUUAAGGCUGACUGCAGGCCAACUGAUACAUGCAUCAAGUUUAAAUUGGCUUUGUCUUUUUUUUUUCUUUCAGUGGUGCUAAAUGCAGUGCCAAAAACAUGACUAUAUGCUGUAUUUCACUGCAUCAGCACCAUCCUCAGUUUAAACACUAUACCACCUGUCAGUAAAAAGCAGUUUUAAUGUGACAUACAGGAAACAAAACCUUAUAUAUACAGUACAUAUAAUUACUUAUCACAAAUGUUAAGUUGUUUUGAUAAAAAACGCCACAUGUGCUGUUGCUGGAAUGUGCAAAAAGAUUUCUCACGUUGUGUUGUUACAUGCAGUGUUUUUUUUUAAAUAGCAAAGCAACUACAAGCCUCCAGCUUCUGUCCUAACUGCUAGUGUACGUUUUGCCUAAAUUAUUGGUUGAUGUACAAAGAUGAGAGUGAGUGGUUAUACAUUAAUAUAACAAUGAGAUUAUAGGAACAGUGAAAGGAAAAACUAAGUGGAGUCCAUGAGCAGAAUCAGAAACCAUAACUGAGAACAAUCUGAACAAUUCCCAGCUGUGCAGCACACACACACACACACCUCUGCGCUUCUAGCUUGUGUAUCCUCGUCAACAUCCUUUUCUGCAGACAAUAGUAUCGUAUUAACUCGCAUGCUUCAACUAUACUAAAUAUCGCACACGUUAGACAAUGUCAUCACAGUUACUGAUCCUGUACUGUUUUCUUAUCAGAAAGGUUGCUCUUGGGUCGAAGGUGAAACCUGCCCAUAGUUUUACUAUUGUCUGAGGUCACACAAUAACUGACACUAAGGAGAGGAUGUAUAGGAAGCUCUGUAAAUUACAUGAAGUGUUAUCGGUUUAAUGUGUUGAGACACUAUUGUUUUGUUUCCUGAUUUGAAAACGUAUCUUUUGGGUUUGUAGACCUCGCUGACCUCCCUGUCAGUGUGUAUUGUAAGCUGCUGUCAAUUCUGGUCUCCAGUGUGUAAACUUAGUAAAAACGGAGCCUUACAACACAGUUAAUCUUCUGUACCGGCUAAUAAAAUAAUGUGAUACUGUA